UUGUGGUGCGAUUUUUCAACCGCCUCGGUCUCUACGACGGAGCGAUAAACCCUACGGCGGAUUCCGCAAAACCCUGUCCAGUCGCCGUAGAAUUUGCUGUUUGCUCGAUAAUUGAGCUGUAAGUUGCUAAUUGUUACACUUUCCGAUUCUUCAUAUUUGUGGAAAGUUCAGGAUUUGGUGACGAUUUUUGCGAUAAUGCCGCGGUAUUAUUGUGAUUAUUGCGACACAUAUUUGACGCAUGAUUCUCCAUCUGUAAGAAAACAGCAUAAUGCUGGUUACAAACAUAAGGCAAACAUAAGGGCAUAUUACCAAAAGUUUGAAGAACAGCAAACUCAAAUAUUGAUUGAUCAGAAGAUCAAGGAGCAUCUUGGCCAGGCAUCAGCCUACCAACAGAUAGGUGCAGUUUAUAAUCAACAUCUUGCUGCUUUUCCCGGUGGAAGACCGCACCUUCCCAUAAUUCCACCUCCGGUCUUACCUUACUCUGGAGCAGUACCCCCACAAUUAAACCUGGGUGUCAGGCCUCCUGUUCUACCAUUACCUGUACCCGGCGCUCCUGGUUAUCCGACCAAUCAAAUGGCUCCAAUGCAGCCCCCACCUGGUUCUUCGUUGCCUGGACCACCCGGUGGCGCACCAGCUCCGGCUAAUGCAAGUGCCCCCUCUCCGGUUUCUGGAGUGGGUCCGUCUCCUAGCGCUGGCGGCGCCCCUCCUGCCACCAUGCAAAUGUUCAAUGCUAAUACUGGUGGAACAGCCGCCGGGAGCUAUUCUAAUCAACAAAGCUUGUAGGUCAGUUAUUGGUGUUGUACAUUUAACAAUGUUACAUUUUGUGCCUUUUAUUUUAAAAAAAAAAAUCUAAAUGGGGCCUUGCAUGAUUGUCUUUUUGGCACCGUGUUACUUCAAAAAUCUGCGGCUGGAACGAAGUCCUACUGUGAUGAAAGUUACUGAGAAAUAGAGAACGCACAUGUUUGAGCU